GAACUCAAGCCCAUGAGGCCCAGAGAUAGCUCUUCGCUGAGUUCAUCUGUGGGAGAAACGCCGCCACAGGCUCACAGCUGCAGCAACGCGCGGAGUGGAAAUUCCAUAGACUAGCGGCCGUCUCCGCCGUGAACGGCCGGCGCGUGUCCCCCACGGUUCCAUGCCUCAGCUCUUCCAGUAGAGUCGACGAUAGAGAGGGGCGGCUAUGAGUGCUCGGAGCAGCCUAUGGAACACCGCCAAGAAGUGUGUAACGAUCGGAUUGAUAGGCGUCACAGUUAAGGAUCGAUACGUUAGCAUCGCCGCGGUUCGAGGUGGCUCCAUGUCUCCUUCGCUCAAUCCGGUGACGGAUGAGGUUUCUGGCAGUCGAGUAUCGACGUUCGAUGACUAUGUGUUGGUGGAGAAGUUCUGCCUCGGCAGGUACAGGUUUUCGCAUGGCGAUGUGGUGAUCUUCACGUCGCCAACAAAUCACAAGGAGAGGCACAUAAAGCGGAUAAUAGGAUUACCAGGCGACUGGGUCGGGAUUUCCCACAUUGAUGAUGUGAUGAGGGUUCCAGAAGGACAUUGUUGGGUCGAAGGAGAUAAUUUACUUUCUAGCUUGGAUUCAAGGUCCCUGGGCCCGAUUCCUUUGGGUCUGAUUCGUGGAAGAGUAACCCACGUGGUGUGGCCUCCUUCGAGAAUAGGUCGGGUCAAGAGGGAAAUUCGCCAACCCACAGUUCCUUCCUACUAGUCCGACUGGAUGAACUUUUUGAGAAUUUUUUGCGGAUGCCUGGUUGCUUCAUCAAAUACCAUGCUAAUGGACAAUGAGGAACAUACCGAUUGACCAUACCUCAAUAUCACUUGCUGCUGCUGAGAGGUCUUGAAUCCUCGUGUUUCAGUUUGCUCGCUGCCAAUUUUUUGUUUCCAAUCAUUCUUUGUGAUUCUGAAAUGUAACAAUGUAACAUCAGUGGCAUGAAUAGAUAGCGGGUCAAUAAAAGCAAUUCCCGAAAUGUUCUGAAGAUUA